AUGGCCUUUCCAGGUACAACAGGGACCGCAAUCCCGAUGACCUCCCUAGGAGGCAACCCAGGCACGCAGGGAAUGAAUGAGCAAGAACAAGCUAUGGUCAAGAUGAUGCAACGUGGUAUGGAGUCUUGCCCUAUCAAGACAGUCAUUUCGGGUACCAUGGGUUUCGGUCUUGGUGGUGCUUUCGGUCUCUUCAUGGCCAGUAUGUCCUACGACUCGACUUUCACACCCCAGGGCCGCGCCAUCGCCGACCUCCCCUGGCGCGAACAAGUCCGCCGCGGUUUUAAGGAUAUGGGCGCCCGCUCCUGGUCCUCUGCUAAGAACUUCGGUAUCGUCGGUGCGCUCUACUCUGGCACCGAGUGCUGCAUCGAAGGCCUCCGCGCAAAGAACGAUCUUACCAACAGCGUUGCCGCUGGUUGUGUCACCGGUGGUAUUCUCGGCGCAAAGGCUGGUCCCCAGGCUGCUGCCUUCGGUUGCGCUGGUUUCGCGGCGUUCAGUGCGGCUAUUGAUGCCUACAUGAGAAUGCCCGGUGAUGAGUAA